UACCCUAAUUCGACAUUUUCUCGACCUUCGUGUCGCAUGUGUGUGUGUAAGAAUCAAAUUACCGCAAAUUUCGGCUAAAAAUUCCAAAAAUUCCUGUGUCAGUGCUCAAAAAAUGUCAGCUUUGAAUGAUACCGACAUUUAUUCCCAAAAUUACGACACCACAAGCGGCAAUUUAGGAACAUACAAACCAUUCUCGUCACCAUACCUCAACUUUGACCCCAGUUACUUGCCUCAAGCCCAACCCGAAUUUAUCUUCCUCGAUGGGGCUAGCAAACAACGAGGGAGAUUCGAGUUAGCCUUUGGCCAAAUUGGGGGCUCUUGCAUGAUUGGAGCCUCGGUUGGGGGCGCAUCCGGGUUUUACAAUGGCUUGAAAGCGACAACAUUGGCAGGACAAACCGGAAAAUUACGACGGACACAGUUAUUGAAUCAUGUCAUGAAACAAGGAAGUACCACAGCCAACACUUUUGGUUCCAUCGCUGUGAUUUAUUCGGCUUUUGGUGUUAUUCUCUCAUGGGCAAGGGGGGCUGAUGACGAUCUCAACACUAUUAUUGCAGCCACAGCCACUGGUUGUUUAUACAAGUCCACAGCCGGUUUAAGAAAAUGUGGGUUAGGUGGGGCUGUAGGAUUAGGAGCCUCACUCUUGUACGCCCUCUGGAAUUCGCGAGAUAAAUUCACACAAUUCAGGCAACUCAAUCCGGCGUUAAUUUAAGUACUGAUUUGGCUAGACAACUAAAUUAUUUUAACAAUUUCAAUAUACUAGUACAAUUUAUCUACAUAGUAGAUUGCUUGGGUUACCAAUAAAUUGUCAUUAUUUAGAUUGGACAAGCCAAUUUUUGGUAGGAUAUAGAAAGUUAUAAAAACAAUUUUUACCACUUUUUUUAUACUUUCUAUCAACUUAUCUUUUGUAUAUAAUUUGUGCUGUGAUCUACCAUUGUUACAUGGAAUAAAUAUUACAACUAUUCUGUU